AGCGCGAGGCCGGAACUAACGCUCCCCGGAACUUCUGUUUCCGGCCUUCCGCGGGGGGAAAGCUUUCUACCAAAGGACCAAGAUGGCGGCGCCCUGCCCUGUGGCGGUUGCUGCGGCGGCGGCUGCCCCGGAGAACGAGGGCGGCGCUUUGGGGCCCAAACCCAAGUCCCCGGCCAUCACUCCGCAGAAGGUCCGGGAACUGAUCGAUGAGGGGAUCGCGCCGGAGGAGAGCGACCUGGACAGAAAGGAUUCCUCUGCCUUAUAUGAAGUAGCCAUUGGCUCUCCCCAGACCAAUGAGCUGCGUUUUGAAGCCACCAGCAAAGAAGCUUUCUUCGGUAGAGUGGAAACAUUCACCUCUCUGAAGUGGGCAGGCAAACCCCACCAGCUGUCUCCCUUGAUCUGUGCCAAGUACGGAUGGACCAAUGUUGAAUGUGAUAUGUUGAAAUGCACCAGCUGCCAGGCCUACCUCUGUGCCAGUCUGCAGUUGGCUUUUGACUUCAGCAAGUACAAGGAGCGAUGUCUGGAGCUACAGAAGGCUUUGCUGGCAGCUCACGAAAAGUUCUGCUUCUGGCCAGACAGUCCUUGCCCAGAUCGCUUUUCAGUCCUGCUGGUCGAGGAACCUCGCGCUCUUUUCAACGACUUCCUUGAGCGCUUUCAAAACCUGUGUCAGCUGCAGCUUCAGCUGCCCUCGCUGAAGCCAGACGAUCUCAAAAGCAUGUCCUUGACGGAAGAAAAGGUUGGCUUUCUCUUGCAAUUGAUGGAGGAGGAGGAGGAGGAGGAGGAAGAGGAGAACUGCAAAACUGAAGACGAGAAGACAUCAGCCAAGCGGCCUUCAGACCUUCUUCAAGUCCACAUCACGGCUUGCAUCUUGGCCCUUUGUGGCUGGACCAGCAGUCCUCCUCCUGGAUCCAUCCAUCUCCCCUUGAUUAGCUGCUGCCGCUGCAUAAGGAAAGUGGGGCUGUGGGGCUUCCACCAGAUGGACUCUACCGAGCCUGAGAUCGAGAUCAUCUCUGCCGUUGCCCCUGCUGCCGACAGAGUCCCUCUGGGGCCCACCUCUCCGCGACGGAUGGUCACCCGGAGUCAGGACACCAAUUUCCCUCUGGGCUCCGAGCAGCAUGAGAAGAGCCCGUCCCCAGUGAUCAGCCGUACGCGGGGCGGGGACAGCACAAGCUCCAGCGAGCGCCCCGAUGCCGAAGCAGCGAGCCCCACCCCCCGGAGCCGGCCUGUGACCCGCAGCAUGGGGCAAGGUGACAUCUAUGGCCUGGGCAUGGAGGUGCCGUCCAGCCCACACCGGAAAGCCAAGCGGCCACGCCUGUGCUCCUCCAGCAGUUCGGAUUCAUCUGCCCGGGCUUUUUUUGACCCCCUGGCCCAGCACCGUGACUGGUGCCCUUGGGUCAAUGAGGUGAAGGAGGCAAUGGCCCUGGGGGCCAUCGGGGACUGCCUGGAGGGGAAGGCAGACCUUGGCUGGCAGGUGGUCCUGAAGGUUCUCCAGGCUUCCAGACAUGCGGAAAGGCCAGCCCGUCUGGAGUCUGAGAAUCUCUCGACGAAAUCCCGCAAAGUGUUCCAGAUUUUCCGUCAGUGGGAAGCAGCCUGUUCCUCCUGAAGACCUGGGCCUUUAGGCAGCAUCAGGACAAUACAUAGUAUGAUCAGCAGAACUUUUCCCAUAGAGUCAGGGAGGAGCCCAGGAAGAAACUAUUACUUACUGUCUAGCCAAGCUGCCAUGGUAAGGCGUGCCUUCCACCCACAUUCAUAGACAGAAGCCUGGGCGAUGCCAGGACCACACGGAAGAAGAUGCCUGCAUUGCAGACACAGAAAAAUACUUCUGCUCCUUUGGAGGUGGGCAGGGAUGUGUGAGCAUUUCUGGAACCCUUGCACUGCACAAACAAGCACCAGAACACUGAGAAACCCCUCGUUUAAGCUUCGCUGGAUCUGUCCUGCAACAAGGUGGUCAACAACUUCCCACAUGGCAUCUUUUCUUCAUCCUUGCUAUGGAGUUGCGUUUGGCUGUGGUUUCGCUUACUUCCUCCUGCCUCUGCAAAGAAGUCUGUGGGAUUGGGGGAGGGCUCUGGGGAGCUGAUCAGACCUUCUCAGCACCAGCACCAAUAUCAGUCCCUGGCAUUCCACUGGGGCCAGACAGCCCUGUGAUGUACAUCAAAUGGAAAACUGCGCUGACCACCCGGGACUCAAGUUGAGCCAAAACCUGGUCCGUUUGCACCACCUUGGGGGAACCAGGAUGAUAAUGAAACACUUGUCUGGCUUCUUAUUUCUACAUGCAAAAAAAAAGAUUGUACAGAAUUCCAUGUGAUGGUAUGCAAUCUCUCCUCUGGGGAGAAAAUUCAUGUUCCUCCCCAGUUUUGUACUUUGAAAUCUCAAGAAUUGUCUUCCCCCUGGAGACAUAUAGGAAGGUUGGGGAGGGCUUGCCUUAAACGUUGUGUAUGUUAAAAACCACCUGAACAUCUGUGGUUGGAUCCAGUGUUGUAGAUGCACUGGUGAGAGCUGUUUGACUGCUGGACAGCAUGCCUGCCUUUUGCUUAGAUGUACCCCUUUAUUAAAAAGCCCACAUUCUGAUGUUUCAUGCAGUGUUUGUACAAAAUAAACAACGGAAUUCA